CCAGUAAAUACCCUUCCAACUCAGAAAUUGGGUGGUAGAAAGAAAGGUUACGGAGAGGCAAGUCUCAGCUUUUUGCCUUGGGGAAUGUGCCCAGGGGACUUCAAAGUCUGACUUUCUAUAUGAGCCCCCUCCUCCCUUGCUUGCUAACUCCUCGACAGCGAUAAAAGUAGGGGAUGUGGGGAAGGAGACAGUAUUCUACCAUUCAGCCUGACUUUUCUAGCCACUACUAAUUCAUACGAUAGAAUUUUGAGCCAUACGGGUCCUUGUGGAUCGUUUAAUCCACCCAGCCUCUGUUCUAUAGGCUGGAAAACUGAGGCUCUAAGAAGGGGAAAUAUCUUGUCUAACGCCAGCUAGCUAGGUAAAGCAGAACUAGAUGGCAAAUGACAAGGGGAUGGAGAGUGUACACAAGUUUAAGAUCUUGCUCCUCUCCCAACGACCUCUGCUAAGUCGUGGGCUGGGACACAGGGCUCCAGACCCGUAAGGGCUGUGCUCCUUUUCCCCGGACUAAGUCGGCUCCUGGAUCGUUCCAGCCUCGAAUCUCUUUGGACCAACUACCUGCGGGACGUGCACUCUCGCAUUCGCCCCCCGCAAGUUCAGGAACCGCAGUAACUCGUCAUCUCUUUGCCGUUCCUUCCUAAAACCAUCGGACCGGCCCUCUGGGCCUCUAGCUCAGGGUUCUGCCGGGAGAUUUUGAGUAUAGGACGCUCUGGGAGACGGCGAUCGAUUGAGCCGGUCUGACGGCUUUGCUAGGCGGCUCCUUAGCCUUCGUAGCUGCCGGAGGAGAGCACUGCGCAGGCGCAACGAAGACUGGCAGAGACUUCGGGGCUACAGAUGGAGCCGUCCGGGGGGGAGCAAGAGCCGGGGGCCGUCAGGCUCCUGGACCUGCCGUGGGAGGACGUCCUACUCCCGCACAUCCUCAGCCGCGUCCCCCUGCGGCAGCUGCUCCACCUGCAGCGCGUCAGCAAAGCUUUCCAGGCGCUCGUGCAACUGCACCUGGCGCGCCUGCGCAGUUUCGACUCGGCACAGGUGGGCCCCCAGGUUCCCAGGGCAGCCCUGGGCCGGCUGCUAGGUGACUCGGAGGGGCUCCAAGAGCUGUGUCUGGAGUCGUGCCGUGACUGGCUGUCCGAUGAGGACCUGGAGCCGGUGCUGAGCCGGAACCCUGGGCUGCGGCGCGUGGGGCUGGCGGGCUGCGGGCGGCUCAGCCGCAGGGCCCUGGUGACGCUGUCCCUGAGCUGCUCGCAGCUGCGUUGCCUCUCACUUGCCCAUUGCGACUGGGUGGAUGGCCUGGCACUGCGAGGCCUCGCGGAUCGUUGCCCGUGCCUAGAAGCCCUGGACCUCACGGCAUGCCGGCAGCUCCGGGAUACGGCUGUGGCCUACCUGGCCCAGCGCCGCGGGGCCCAGCUCCGAUCCCUCUCCCUGGCAGUCAACGCGAACGUGGGGGACGCCACUGUGCAGGAGCUAGCCCGGUGCUGCCCGCAGCUCGAACACCUGGACCUCACCGGCUGUCUCCGAGUGCGGAGUGACGCCAUCAGGACCCUGGCAGAGUAUUGCCCUCGGCUGCGCUCACUUCGAGUACGUCACUGUCAUGAUGUGGCUGAGUCUAGCCUGAGUGCCCUGAGGAAACGUGGUGUGGACAUUGACGUGGAACCACCCCUGCAGCGGGCCCUGGUCCUGUUACAGGAUGUUGUGGGCUUUGCUCCCUUUGUCAACCUGCAAAUCUGACCAAUCAGUGACAGGUGGAGGAUUGGGGAUUUGGUGAACACAGCUGGACUGUGGAUCUGGAAACAACCUGUGCUGGAGGGCUCCACCUUUGUCUCCUUAUCCCUCCCUGGGACCAGAGCCUGGACAGUAUCACCAUUUUAGAAAGGAGGGGAAAAAGGGAAAAAGAAAGUGUUUGACUGAGCCUGGGGAGAGGGGUAGAUAGCUCUCUCUGGGGAAAGAUAGAAAUAAAAAACUCUACUUGAAUCUGA